AUAUCUGGCGUCCGCGACAGGACCUUGCUCUUAACUGACACCCUAAAGAGCUUCACCUUGCGAAACGGUGCGACGGCUGAGAAUGGAUACCGAGAAAUUAAUGAAGGUUGGCCAGGAGUUGGGGUUGUCUGGGGCAGCUUUGAAACAAUGGAUGGAUGAAGAGCGAGUGCGCGAGAGGGACCAGCGUACAGCAGAACGCGAAGCUACUAAAGAAGCAGAAGCCCUUGCUCGAGCUCGCUUAGACGCGGAUGACCAUACUCGUGCGCGCCUAGAAGCAGAACGUGCGGUACUGGAGCUCCAAUUACGUUUACAGGAGCGACGAGAAAGUGCAGUAGAGGGAAUUCCGAACGAGUCUGGUGCGGGUACACCUGCUGGCUUUGUACAGGGGUACCGGAGCCCACACAAGCUUAUCCCCGUUUUCAAUGAGAAACGCGACGAGCUUGACGCCUACAUCCAACGAUUCGAGCGGGUGGCAACGUGCCAAGAGUGGCCACAGGAUAAAUGGGCCUUGUCCCUGAGUCUAUGCUUGACAGGGGAGGCAUUAAGUGUAGUCGGACGCAUGGCUGCUGACGCUGCUACAAACUACACAGUGCUUAAGCAGACUCUUCUCCAACGAUUUCGGUAUACGGAAGAAGGGUACCGCGCCAAGUUCAGAGAGGCAAGACCAGAGGAGGCAGAAACAGGCAGACAGUUUACUGGUCGUCUGUUGGGAUAUUUUGACCAUUGGCAAGAAAUGGCCAAAACGGAGCGUACCUACGACGCACUCCGGGACAAAAUAGUGUCAGAACAGUUUCUCAAGAGAUGUCACGAAAAACUGACCAUCUUUUUAAGGGAAAGAGGCUGCCAAGGACUUGACAAGUUGGCGGAAGCUGCCGAUCAUUAUCUUGAGGCUCAAGGACUAGUCCAUCUUGGCAGAACAAAUAAGGACCAAGAGGCGCAGCUAUUGGGGAAAGCAAAGAUUUCUAAGCCUCCAGAUGCAACGGGGAGACCCGCCUGUUUUCUUUGCAACAAGCAAGGUCAUCGUGCAGCAGACUGUUGGUCCAAGUCAAGAGGAUCCAACCCAAAGUUGACUGUUUGCUGGAAAUGUCGCAAAACCGGGCAUAAAGCAGAGUCUUGCCCUAACAAGACAGACGCGGGUGGACAAGCAUCGUGUUCCCUGGCGCCUCAGAAUGAGCCUGGGAAAGUUGGUUUGGACAGUCAUUCCCUUAAAAGAAAUGUGAAAGCUGAGGAGGAUGAAAGAGGAAUCGAUGUUCAAACAGAUGGCAUGCCAACGGCUGAAGGACUGCUUGAACGACACCCUGUCAUUGUACUGCGUGAUUCAGGAUGCAACUCGGUCAUCGUAAAGCGAUCUCUGGUUCCUGAUGACAAACUGACAGGAAGGAGUCGAUCGAUCUACCUUCUCGACCGGACAGUUCGAUGCCUACCUGAAGCGGAAGUGGACAUCGACUCUCCUUAUUUCACGGGCACAGUAAGGGCAACCUGCAUGGAAAGACCGCUGUAUGAUGUCGUCUUGGGCAACAUCGAUGGCGUACGGGAUGCUUCUGCUCCUGAUGUCAAGUGGACAGCAGACCAGAAAUUUCUUCCUCUGCAAGAAAAGCCCCAAGAAAAAGACGAAAUCUUGGGCAACCAACGAAUUUGGACAGGGACGACCUUGUCACCGAGCUCCGGAGAGCAGAAAGGCGAGCUUCAGGCUAGUGUCGUAACGAUGCGGACGUCGGCGACAACUGCUGGGCUACCAGUUGCAGAAAUAAAUCCACUGGACAUCAACCCGGCGGAGCUAAGCGCCAAGCAAAAGCAAGAUGCUACACUCCAAAAAUGCUUUGAAGCAGUGGGAAGCAAGGUUGCCUCAAGAUCAGCCGACAUCGACUUCGUGCUGAUGAACGGGAUUCUUUUUCGACGGUACAGACUUCCAUCGCAAAAAGAAAUGGAACAACUCGUUGUCCCAACAGGCCUCCGAACAUUCGUUCUAAAAAUGGCACACGAAGGAAUACUAUCUGGACAUCAAGGAAUCAAAAGAACGACAGAUCGAGUGCUUGAAGAGUUUUACUGGCCAGGGGUACAAGGGGAUGUCACGUGGUUUGUGAAAUCAUGCGACAUCUGCCAAAGAACCGUUCCAAAACACUUGGUAGGCCGCGUGCCUUUAAAGAACAUGCCCGUGAUCGAGACGCCUUUUCAACGGGUAGCAAUUGACAUCGUGGGACCACUGUCACCAACCUCAGAGAAGGGCAACCGUUACGUACUAACCAUGGUGGACUACUCGACCCGCUAUCCUGAUGCAGUUGCCCUACCAAGCAUCGAGACGGAGAGGAUUGCGGAAGCUCUCCUCGAGAUGUUUUCACGCGUGGGAUUUCCUAGAGAAAUCAUCAGCGAUCGGGGCAAAUCAUUCACAUCCGGACUCAUGAAGGAGUUUAGUCGUCUCCUCUCGUUUAAGCAGAUGCCAACCACGCCGUAUCAUCCCAUGGCCAACGGCCUCGUGGAACGGUUUAAUGGCACACUAAAACAAAUGAUACGACGAAUGUGUCAAGAGAGCCCGAAAAGAUGGGACCGAUACUUGGCACCACUACUAUUCGCGUAUCGCGAAGUGCCGCAGGCCAGUGUUGGGUUUGCACCAUUUGAUCUCCUGUAUGGCAGGUACGUCCGAGGACCGAUGGCCAUAUUAAAGGAAAUCUGGACAGGAGAGCACCUUGACGAAAACACGAAGACCUCGUACGGCUACAUGGUCGAGCUCCGCCAGCGCUUAGAAGACACUUGCCGGAUAGCACAGGAGCAGCUCAGAAAGGCGAAGAUAGUACAGAAGAAGUUGUACGACAAGAAGACGAGAGUGCGCCAUCUAGCUGUUGGAGACAAGGUUCUACUUCUUCUCCCCUCCGAGAACAACAAGCUGAUCCUGACCUGGAAGGGCCCCUUCAAGGUUUUGGAGAGAAGAAAUGACAUCGACUACGUCAUUGAUCUGGGAACAAGAAGUAGUCUAUUCCAUAUUAACAUGCUGAAAAAGUACGAAGAGAGACCGGUUUCUAACCAACCACCGCAGCAUGCCUCAGUCGCGGUCCAGCACGAGGAAGUGGAGGAAGAGGACAUACCUUCUGUGACACUCCACAAGAAGGAAACUCACCAGGAUGUGAAAGUCUCGAACGACCUAACAGCCUCUCAACAAGCGCAGGUGUCUAUCCUCUUGGCUGCGCACAAGGAAAGCUUCACAGAUGUCCCAGGAAAGACCUGCCUGGUGGAGUGCAAACUGAAGACCACCACCGACAUUCCUAUUCGAGUACAACAAUACCCGAUACCGUUCGCUAUCCAAGAAGCGCAAUAUGUGUUCUGCCACAGAGAUGAUUGUAUCGUCCGUCAGCCGCACAAACGCUUCAGGUGCGUCGUCAAGAAGUACGGUCAGUUACGGGUCACAGAUGGUGUCGACGUGCAACGUCUGCACAACCUCCAUUCGACGUUGCAUCGCGUCCUACGAUGGACCGGCCGCCGUCCACUCCUCUCAGUGUAUUCCCUGCAAAUCAGUCCGUGA